AUGAGCACAGCCUUGCAGAUGACGGCGUUCGGUCUUGCUCUUCUCUCAACCCUCUUCCUGCUCCUUGCCACAUGCACUGACUGCUGGAUGGUGAACGCCGAUGACAGCUUGGAGGUAAGCCACAAGUGCCGGGGGCUUUGGAGGGAGUGCGUCACCAACAUGCAGGAUGGGGUCAGGACCUGCGACCAGUAUGACUCCAUUUUGGCUGACCAUCCAGUGAAGAUCGUGGUGACGCGGACCCUGCUGAUCACAGCAGACCUCCUGGCUGGCCUGGCUUUGGCUACAUUGCUCCUUGGGCUUGACUGCAUCAAGUUCCUCAAGGAAGAUCCUCGGGUCAAACUGAAGAUGUGCUACGGGGCCGGUGUCAUCCUUGGCAUUGGAAGCAUCCUGGGUCUUGUGGGCUCCGUGUGGUACGCAGUGGAUGUCUACGUGGAGAGGGCCAUGCUGAUGUCUCACAACAUAUUCCUGGGAGUCCACUACGACUUCGGGUGGUCGUGUUGGCUGGGAAUGGCCGGCUCGAUGGGCUGCUUCGUGGCAUGCGUCCUGCUGACCUGCUGCCUUUAUGCCUGCACAGGGUUCAGCCAAAUCAAGGGGAACCCCUUCGUGUCUGGCCUGCGCACCUUAGCUGGGGAGGCUGGGACAUGCCAGGCAGGACUGUGCCAAAUGAGGAUCCCAGAAGCCCAGCAAGGGCAUGGAGGGGUGCAGAAAUGCUCCGUCCACAUCCACCACCACCACCUGGAGGUCCUGAAGAAG